AUGAGCGGCUUGAUGGGUACGAUGGCCCAAGGCAUGGCUUUUGGCACGGGCAGUGCCGUUGCCCACCGCGCUGUUGGUGCUGUAGCCAGCUCAUUUUCAGGAGGAUCUGACGCACCACAACAUCAAGAGUCAUCUAUUUCCUCUCAUGAACAGCAAGCCGCGCAGCCACCGCAGCAGAAUCAAUGCGGUGCUGAUCAAAGGGCCUUUCUUGAGUGUCUCAACAGCAAUAGCAACGACAUUAGCUCUUGCCAAUUUUAUUUGGACCAGUUCAAGCAGUGCCAGCUACAACAGCAGAGCACUUUUAUGUAG